CCGAGUUCCGAAUGUCUUCCUAACCGAAGGGUGGCAUUGGUAUAAAGUCAACCUUGUUCCCUUGUUGUAAGUCUCUCUCCUCCUUCAUCAACACAUCCACUCAUUCAUACACCAAUCUUCACUUCACUAACCGCCGGCCGGUCUUUUCCUUCACUACAUCCCACUUCUCGGCAACCACCAGCUCGCCAGCCUUAAUACCAUCUACAUCUUCAUCCACCCAAACCCCCAAACAGCCAAAAUGAAGUUCACCAUCCUCACCUCCCUCUUCCUCACGGCUCUCUCCGUCAACGCUGCCGUCGUCGAGUCCGACACCUCCGUUCUCCGCCGGGAUAUCUUCGCCCGCCAAAACGCCAACCGCCCCGUUCCCAACGGCGCUUGCUGUGUCGCGAAUACCAGCUUGAAGCAGGAUAUUUGCAAGGUCAAUGGCCAGUCGGGGAAGUGCGUGCCUGCUGGCGUUAAUAACUGUGGCUCUCGCUUGACUUGCAUCGAGGACUCGAGGUUGACUUGCAACGCGAAUGUGUUGGAGAGGGGAAGGCCUUUGUGCAGACUUCGCAACGGUGCGUAAGGGGUUGGAGUUGAACAGGAAUUUGAGAUUUUUGGAUGCCGGAAUUGUUGAUGGGAGAAAAGGUCGGGUUGAGUGAUAGCUACCUCGACUGGGUCUCUGGUGUUGGGCUCGUGAUAAACAAAAAGAAGUGGGAUUUUACUUCAAACUCUGUUUCCUUGAUUUCGUGAUUACCAGAACCUCAAAUGUCAUGACCGAG